AUGGCAGUAAUCACAUAUGGCAAAGCGAGUGGUGCGUGGUGGGACUCGCCAGGAGACUCCGAAAGUGGAGAUCAAAACUCACUAUGGAAGAAAUUUACAGCGUGGAUAAACAACAGAUUUAAACCCCAAGCCUCUGAAAAUAUUUCAGAAUCACACAUUUCACCCAUCCCACUUACAGAAGACAACAGCACCUUGGCUCCAGAAAUCCCUUCCACAGCUGCUGAAGCUUCAACAAAUCAUUCUGUCACAGAAAACGGCACCUUGAUCCCAUCUGCCCUGGUCACAGACAGUGCUGAGCCAUCAACAGCUCCAGCUCCGCUCUCCAAGCCGAGCACAGCAGAGCCUGGCGGCCUGUCCCUGCGCCUGGCCGACGGCGACGGCCGCUGCUCGGGCCGCGUCGAGCUCUACCACAACGGCAGCUGGGGAACGGUCUGCGACGACGCCUGGGAGCUGCCGGCCGCCGAGGUGGUGUGCAGGAGCCUGGGCUGUGGAGAGGCUCUGCUAGCUCUGACCGAAGCCCAGUUCGGGCCAGGCUCUGGGAACGUCCUCCUCGAUGAGGUGCAGUGCAGAGGGGAUGAAGACAGCCUGUGGGAUUGCUCCCACAGAGGGAUCGCUGUCCACAACUGCCAGCAUAAAGAAGACGCCAGCGUCAUUUGUGCAGACAUGUCCCUGAGGCUGGUGAAUGGAGAGAGCUUGUGCUCAGGACGCCUGGAAGUCUUUCACAACGGGAGCUGGGCAACUGUGUGCGAUGACGGCUGGAACAUGAAGGAUGCCACGGUCGUGUGCAGGCAGCUGGGCUGUGGGGAUGCUGUCUCAGCCAAAAUAGAUGCCUUUUUUGGGGAAGGUACAGGAGGGAUUCUCCUGGAUGAUGUGGCGUGCGCAGGGGAUGAGUCUUCCCUGGAGCAGUGUUCUCACAGCGGGCUGGGCAUACACAACUGCUACCACAAGGAGGAUGCUGGUGUUAUCUGUGAAGGUGCAGCUCGCUGUGGCACUUCCCUUCAAGACCUCAACAAAGCAUUAAAGAUUGAAUUGAAUGCCGAUGCAAACUGUGUCUGGCAAAUCCAGAGGAAUGCAAAUCAAACAAUUAGGAUCAUUUUCUCCUAUUUUAAAUUUGCUCCUUCUUCAAGCUGUGAAACAGAAAGUGUUAAAGUAUAUGAUGGUCCCUCAACUAAUUCAUCUCUUCUCGGACAAAUAUGUAACGACACUGAUGCAGUCCCAGUACUUGAAUCAUCUUCAGACAGUUUAACUUUUCUCAUAACAACUAACUCCGUGACUUUCACAAGAAACUUCUUUGUCUUCUAUUACUACUUUUCACCAGAAACAAGUAAGUCUGACUGUGGGGGACAGUUAACAGGUGCCAAUGGGACAUUUACCAGCCCCAACUACCCAGCACGUUACCCUGAAUUUACAUACUGUGUCUGGCACAUACAAACAGCAAAAAACUCAAAGAUAAAGUUACAGUUCCAGGAUUUUUUCUUGGAACUAGACCCAAACUGCCAAUUUGACUUCACAGCAAUCUAUGAUGGCCUCAGCACUAGCACUGGCUUAAUAGGCAAACGAUGUGGCCUUGGUCAGUCUGUAUUUGAAUCCUCUUCAAACGUCCUGACAGUCGUGUUGUCUACAGACUACGCCAACUCCUACCGAGGGUUUUUCGCUCAGUACACCAGUGACCCACUGCCAGUGGAGCCUGAUGCACUCCUUACAUGCUCCUCAGAAAGCAUGAAAAUCAUCCUGAGCAAGUCUUAUCUGGCCUCCUUUGGUUACAACGAAACUCACGUACAGCUGAAUGACCCAUCUUGCAGUCCAGUUACAACAGAUUCAGUUGUCUUCUCCUUCCCAUUAGGCAGCUGUGGAACAACUAAAAAGGAUGAUGGUCAGAGCAUCACUUACACCAACAUCAUCACUCUCUCUGCAUCUGGUGACAUUAUCACCCGCCAAAAGAACAUCCAGAUUAUUGCAAAAUGCCAAAUGGAACACAAUUCCACCUUAGAAGUCAUUUACAUCACAGAAAACAACAUCAUCCAGAACACCACCGCCGUGGGAAGAUACAACGUCAGCAUGUCCUUCUACCACUCAGAUUCCUUCUCCAAGCCUGUACAUCAGUCCCCGUACUACGUAGACUUGAACCAAACUCUUUUUGCUCAAGUCAGCCUCCACUCCGCUGACUCAAACCUUCUGCUGUUUGUUGAUACCUGUACAGCAUCUCCACAACCUGAUUUUGGAUCGCUAACAUACGAUUUAAUCAGAAGUGGCUGCGCUAAGGAUGACACCGUGGUAACCUACCCACCGCUUCAACACUAUGGGAGAUUCACGUUUCAGGCCUUCAAGUUCCUGCAGAGCUUCCCCUCAGUUUAUCUCCAGUGUGACGUUUUAAUCUGUGACAGCAACGACACAAACUCUAGCUGUACCCAAGGCUGCAACUCCAGGCAAAAAAGAGCCAUUCCCUCAUACACGUGGAAAACGAAUACUGUAGUAGGUCCCAUCCGCCUGAAGGGGGACCUCAGGGCUGCCCAUCGCUCAGAAUCCCUCACUAAAGCAGAUGCUGAAGAAACCCCAAAGCUGCAACAGUACAGCUUCUACACUCUUUCCUUUGUGGCUUUGAUUUCAAAUAUUAUCAUUGUGGUAGCUGUGAUACUAAAAUAUCACAAACGCCCAGCAGGAUAUGGCUACCAAAGGAUUAACUCACAUUAA